AAAGGCAGAGGAGGAACACAGAGAGAGGUAGCUCGCGAGGGAGCAGGAGUGUUGAGAAAGCAGAAAACUGAGGAAAGGAGAGGAGGACAGAGACUGACAGAAAUAUAAAGAGCAGCACCACUAAAGCUAAAUAGAUCCUUACACACGGCAGAGACGAGCUGUAGAGGAGGAAACGAUAGGAGGGGGAAAAGAGAAGAGAGGAGAGCGUUUAUCGCCAUGCUCACUACAGCGCUGAUGGUGGACAUUAACUCUGCCCUGCCCCUGCGUCUGCCCCCGGCUGCCAUCCCCAUGGACCUACGCAUUGACCAGCACCAUCACCAGCAGCAGCUGUCCAUGUCUCCUUCUGCAGCCCAGGCAUCUGCAGCCCAGGCCAGAGAGCAGCAGCUGCAGCAGGAGCUCCUGUCCCUGAAACAGAAACAACAGAUUCAGAGACAGCACCUCAUCGCUGAGUUCCAGAGGCAACAUGAGCAGCUCAACCGCCAGCAUGAAGCCCAGCUACAGGAACAUGUUAAGCACCAGCAGGAGCUCCUGGCCCAGGAUGUUGAGCUCCUGGCCCAGGAUGUUGUAGUAACGUUGUGUUCCCCUCCAUGCAGCAUCGGCAGGAGCUCCUGGCCCAGGAUGUUGUAG